UUUUGGUAAGCCCACAUUUUCAAAACAGAUUAAAUUUGUCUGAUUUCUUUCAGAAGUAUAUAUUACAAAGGAUUCAACAGCAAGUGAGAAUUCAAAUGCACGAAGCAGAGCCAGAGAGCUUUCUAAGGAGAAACUAUUCAGGAGAGAGAGAAGAUACACAGGCAAGUUCUGGAAGGAUUUUCAUUGCUACCCUUGAAGAGACUUGGAAAUUAAUGGGCAACAUUUUACAUGAAAAUUUUUGAGCAUUUUUUUCUUCUUAUCUGGGAGGCCUUCUGCGGAGAAUUAAUAGGAGGUUGAAUGCGCACAUGGAUAAAAUGGAUCAUCUUAAAGGAUUGCAGUUCCAAAAAUAUAUCAGCAGGACUGGACAGGUUUGACAUAAUGAGAUUUCUAUUUUAGCUUGACUUCUGGAACUCUGAAUAAACUAUAAACUGAGCUACACAAGGUCUUGCAAAGGAAGUUUCUCUUCUAAAACAUUCUAGUUGAGCAUAACAUUUUUCUUCUUCAGAUCUUUUGAAAAGGGAUUUUUAGUCACCAGUUUCCUAAGGGGCAAGACUAUCAGACAUUUACCACGUUUUAAUAUAUGAAGUGGGGUAGAAAACAGCAAUCUUUAUACUACUGAAAGACAAUAAUUGAAAGAAAUGGACAGCAGGAAGUAGAGGAGAGCUUUCUGUGUACGCACUGGCUGAGAUGGCAGAAGCUCCUGUGGAAGCCUCAACUCUGCCUGUAACGGUGAAGAAAAAGAAGAGUCUAUCCAUCGAGGAAAAGAUCGACAUCAUAAAUGCAGUGGAAAGUGGCAAGAAAAAAGCAGAGAUUGCAGCUGAAUAUGGAAUAAAGAAAAAUUCACUGUCUUCUAUUAUGAAGAAUAAAGACAAAGUUCUAGAGGCCUUUGAAUCUUUGAGAUUUGAUCCAAAGAGAAAAAGACUGAGAACUGCUUUUUAUACAGACCUAGAAGAGGCAUUAAUGAGAUGGUAUCGAAUUGCUCAGUGUCUAAAUGUACCAGUUAAUGGUCCAAUGUUGCGUCUAAAAGCUAAUGAUUUUGCCCAGAAACUGGGACAUAAUGACUUUAAGUGCAGUAAUGGCUGGCUGGAUCGUUUUAAAUCCAGGUAUGGUUUAGUAUUCAGAGCUCAACCUGCAGAAGCUUCAGGUGUAUCAGUAGACCCUUCAACUGUGUGGUACCAAAAUAUACUUCCUUAUUAUUUAAAUGAUUAUCAUCCUAAAAAUGUUUUUAAUAUAAAAGAGACUGGACUGCUUUAUCGAAUGUUACCUACAAAUACAUUUGCAUUUAAAGGAGAAACAUGUUCAGUUGGAAAGUUGUGCAAAGACAGGAUAACUCUGGUGGUUGGUGCGAACAUGGAUGGCUCAGAAAAAUUUCCUUUGCUUGUCAUUGGAAAAAACAAAAAUCCACAUUGUUUCAAAGGUAUAAAAUCAUUGCCUGUACAUUAUGAAGCUAACAGAAUGGCCUGGAUGACUUCAGACAUAUUUGAACAAUGGAUGCAGAAGCUUGAUGAGAAAUUUCAAGCCCAGCAACGAAGAGUGGUGAUUUUUGUGGAUUCUUCCCCUGCACAUCCAGAGGUAAAGAACCUAAAGUCCAUUGAGUUAGCAUUCUUUCCAUCAUGUUUAUCUUCCAAAUUCGUAGCUAUGAAGCAAGGUGUUAUUAAAAGUCUUAAAAUCAAAUAUCGACAUUGUCUCAUCAAGAAAUUUUUAAGCUCUGUUGAAGAUAGUAGGGAAUUUACAUUUUCAUUACUAGAUGCAGUUGAUACGUUGCAUCUAUGUUGGAGUACAGUAACCCCAGAGACUAUUAUUAAAAGCUACGAAGAAGCAGGAUUCAAAUCUCAAAAGGAAGAAAAUGACCCAGCCAAUGCAGAGGGAGACCCUGGUCUUGAUUUGGUCACCCAUGCUCUGGGAGCAGGAGUGGAAUUUCCUGAAGGUUUGUCUAUAGAGGAGUAUGCUGCACUGGAUGAUGACUUAGAGACGUGUGAAGCAGUACCAAACGAUGAGUCAGAAUGCACUGAAGAAAGUCAGCCAGAUGAAACUGGAUUUUAUACUUCAGAUGAAGAAGAUGAUGGUGGAUCUUUAGAAACUGAACUUCCUUUACCAUCAAGAAAUGAAGCACUAACCGCUUUAGAUACUCUUAAAAAAUUUCUUAGAAGUCAAGACAUGAAUGAUGGACUUCAUAAUUCUUUAGCAGAACUUGAAAAUUUUAUUAACCCUUUACCACCUAAGUAAUUAUUUUUUAUAUAACAUCUGAAGACUAAAAGCUUUUCCUGAUGUAAUUUAAUAUAUAAGGUAUGUAAAGGAGAAAUAUCAUUUAAAGAUAAAAUAUGAAAACCU